UUCAAGGGACAGCACAACCUCACCCAAGCUCUCCUACCUCUGCCCAGCCGUCCCUCGCAUCCUCCCCCUUCCUCCGCCACACUCCAUCCAAAGAAGAGGGAAAGCGCGGAGCAGAGGGGAGACAGGCAAAGUCUGCCACCCUCGUCCCUUGGCCCCCUGGCUCCUCCAUCCCGAUUUUGACUCCCAACCCCUCUUCUCCAAAGGACCCUCAGGAACUGAGGCGACUCACCCUACUGCCAUGUCCAAAAGCUUGAAAAAGAAAAGCCACUGGACUAGCAAAGUCCACGAGAGUGUCAUUGGCAGGAACCCGGAGGGCCAGCUGGGCUUUGAACUGAAGGGGGGCGCCGAAAACGGACAGUUCCCCUACCUGGGGGAGGUGAAGCCGGGCAAGGUGGCCUAUGAAAGCGGCAGCAAGUUGGUAUCCGAGGAGCUGCUGCUGGAGGUGAACGAGACCCCCGUGGCGGGGCUCACCAUCAGGGACGUUCUAGCCGUGAUCAAACACUGCAAGGACCCCCUCCGGCUCAAGUGUGUCAAGCAAGGAGGAAUUGUUGAUAAGGAUCUUCGUCACUACCUCAACUUAAGAUUUCAGAAGGGUUCUGUUGACCACGAACUUCAGCAAAUCAUCCGUGACAACCUCUACCUCCGCACAGUGCCAUGCACCACAAGGCCACAUAAGGAGGGGGAGGUCCCUGGAGUGGACUACAUUUUCAUAACCGUGGAGGAUUUUAUGGAAUUGGAGAAAAGUGGUGCUCUCCUUGAAAGUGGGACCUAUGAAGACAACUACUACGGUACCCCAAAGCCUCCAGCUGAACCAGCACCAUUAUUAUUAAAUGUAACAGACCAGAUACUUCCGGGAGCUACUCCAAGUGCUGAAGGGAAACGGAAGAGAAAUAAAUCAGUGAGCAACAUGGAGAAAGCAAGUAUAGAGCCUCCAGAGGAGGAGGAGGAAGAAAGGCCUGUGGUCAAUGGAAAUGGCGAAGUCAUAACACCAGAAUCCAGUGAACAUGAAGACAAAAGUACAGGUGCCUCAGGGGAGACACCCUCCCAGCCUUAUCCUGCACCAGUGUACAGUCAGCCUGAAGAGCUAAAGGAACAGGUGGAUGAUACAAAGUCAAAAAAGCCUGAGGAGAAUGAGGACUUGGACCCAUUGCCUGAUAACUGGGAAAUGGCCUACACAGAGAAGGGUGAAGUCUACUUCAUUGACCAUAACACAAAGACAACAUCAUGGCUGGAUCCACGACUUGCGAAAAAGGCUAAACCUCCAGAAGAGUGCAAAGAAAAUGAGCUUCCAUAUGGCUGGGAAAAAAUCGAUGAUCCCAUAUAUGGCACUUACUAUGUUGACCACAUAAAUAGAAGAACACAGUUUGAAAACCCUGUCCUGGAAGCAAAAAGGAAGCUACAACAGCAUAACAUGCCCCACACAGAACUUGGAACAAAGCCCCUGCAGGCCCCAGGUUUCCGAGUAGGCCACUCAUCGGCGACAUUACCUAGGCCCAAAUCCAUCUUCCCCCGUACUGACCCGGAGAGGUCCCGCAGUGUGAAUGACUUGUCUCACUAUCUGCUGGACCACAGAGGGACGCCCUGGCCACUCGAAAAGCCGCUCUUCACCCGGGAUGCAUCCCAGUUGAAGGGAACGUUCCUCAGCACCACCCUCAAGAAGAGCAACAUGGGCUUUGGAUUCACCAUCAUUGGUGGAGAUGAGCCGGAUGAGUUUCUCCAGGUGAAAAGUGUGAUCCCGGAUGGGCCUGCCGCACAGGAUGGAAAAAUGGAGACCGGUGAUGUCAUUGUCUAUAUUAAUGAAGUUUGUGUCCUUGGACACACUCAUGCAGAUGUUGUCAAACUUUUCCAGUCUGUUCCUAUUGGUCAGAGUGUCAACUUGGUGUUGUGUCGUGGCUACCCUUUGCCCUUUGAUCCUGAAGAUCCUGCUAACAGCAUGGUGCCACCCCUUGCAAUAAUGGAGAGGCCACCACCAGUGAUGGUCAAUGGAAGACAUAACUAUGAAACAUAUUUGGAAUACAUUUCUCGGACCUCACAGUCAGUUCCAGAUAUUACAGAUCGACCACCUCAUUCUUUGCACUCCAUGCCAGCUGAGGGUCAGCUCGAUGGCACGUAUCCACCACCCGUCCAUGACGACAAUGUGUCUAUGGCUUCAUCUGGAGCCACUCAAGCUGAACUUAUGACCUUAACCAUUGUGAAAGGUGCCCAGGGAUUUGGCUUCACUAUUGCCGACAGUCCCACGGGACAGCGGGUGAAACAAAUACUUGACAUUCAGGGAUGCCCUGGGCUGUGUGAAGGAGACCUCAUUGUUGAAAUCAACCAGCAGAAUGUACAGAACCUGAGCCAUACAGAAGUCGUGGAUAUACUUAAGGACUGCCCCAUUGGAAGUGAGACUUCUUUAAUCAUCCAUCGAGGAGGUUUCUUUUCUCCAUGGAAAACUCCAAAGCCUAUGAUGGACCGGUGGGAGAACCAAGGCAGUCCUCAAACAAGUUUAUCUGCUCCGGCCGUACCACAGAACCUACCCUUCCCACCUGCCCUUCACAGGAGCUCCUUUCCUGACUCAGCAGAGGCCUUUGACCCACGGAAGCCUGACCCAUAUGAGCUCUAUGAGAAAUCGAGAGCCAUUUAUGAAAGUAGGCAACAAGUGCCACCCAGGACCAGUUUUCGAAUGGAUUCCUCUGGUCCAGAUUAUAAGGAACUGGAUGUCCACCUUCGAAGGAUGGAGUCUGGAUUUGGCUUCAGAAUCCUCGGGGGAGAUGAACCUGGACAGCCUAUUUUGAUUGGAGCCGUCAUCGCCAUGGGCUCCGCCGACAGAGACGGCCGUCUACAUCCAGGAGAUGAGCUUGUCUAUGUGGAUGGGAUCCCGGUGGCUGGCAAGACCCACCGCUACGUCAUCGACCUUAUGCACCACGCAGCCCGCAACGGGCAGGUGAACCUCACUGUGAGAAGAAAGGUGCUAUGUGGAGGGGAGCCCUGCCCAGAGGAUGGGAGGAGUCCUGGCUCCGUAUCAACCCACCACAGCUCUCCGCGCAGUGACUAUGCCACCUACGCCAACAGCAACCACGCCGCCCCCAGUAGCAGCGCCUCUCCGCCUGAAGGCUUUGCCUCACACAGCCUGCAGACCAGUGACGUGGUCAUUCACCGCAAGGAGAACGAAGGAUUCGGCUUCGUCAUCAUCAGCUCCCUCAACAGGCCUGAGUCUGGAGCCACCAUAACUGUGCCCCAUAAAAUCGGACGCAUCAUUGAUGGGAGUCCUGCAGAUCGCUGUGCAAAACUAAAAGUGGGAGACCGGAUCUUAGCAGUCAACGGCCAGUCUAUCAUCAACAUGCCUCACGCUGACAUCGUGAAGCUCAUCAAGGAUGCGGGUCUUAGUGUCACCCUUCGCAUCAUUCCUCAGGAGGAGCUCAACAGCCCAGCAUCGGCACCCAGCUCAGAGAAACAAAGUCCUAUGGCCCAGCAGCACAGCCCCCUGGCCCAGCAGAGCCCUUUGGCCCAGCCAAGCCCAGCCACCCCCAACAGCCCUGUUGCCCAACCAGCUCCUCCUCAACCUCUUCAGCUACAAGGACACGAAAACAGUUACAGGUCAGAAGUUAAAGCAAGGCAAGAUGUGAAGCCAGACAUCCGGCAGCCUCCCUUCACAGACUACAGGCAACCCCCACUGGACUACAGGCAACCCCCAGGAGGGGACUACCCGCAACCCCCACCCUUGGACUACAGGCAGCACUCCCCAGACACCAGGCAGUACCCUCUGUCAGACUACAGGCAGCCACAGGAUUUUGAUUAUUUCACUGUGGAUAUGGAGAAAGGAGCCAAAGGAUUUGGAUUCAGCAUUCGUGGAGGAAGGGAAUACAAAAUGGAUCUGUACGUGUUGAGAUUGGCAGAGGAUGGACCAGCCAUAAGGAACGGCAGGAUGAGGGUAGGAGAUCAAAUCAUUGAAAUCAACGGGGAAAGCACCCGGGACAUGACACACGCCAGAGCAAUAGAACUCAUCAAGUCCGGAGGAAGAAGAGUGAGGCUGCUGCUGAAGCGAGGCACGGGACAAGUCCCGGAGUAUGACGAACCCCACGCCUGGAGUGCUGCCGCUGCCGCCGCCCCAGGCCUGCCGGAAGUAGGCGUCUCCCUCGAAGACAUCCUCUCUCCAUUCUCUCCAUCACAUCCAGCCCCACCCUCCGACCCUUCUUCCCACCAGAUAGGCCCAGACCCAACUUGGGAUAUCCAAAGGGAACACGACGUUAGGAAACCAAAGGAGCUUUCGGCCGGCGGCCAGAAGAAGCAGCGCCUGGGGGAGCAGAGGGAGCGCUCGGCGAGCCCGCGGCACAGCAGCGCGCGGCCGAGGCCGGAGGAGGUGCCCGGCGGCCAGGGGAGGCCCGAGGCCGGCAGGCCCGCCUCGGAGGCGGCCGACGGGAAGGAGGCGCUGCGGGGCCGGCGCGAGGGCCCCGGGGCCGCGGGCGCGCGGGAGGCCGAGGCCAAGGUGGGCGUGCGCUCGGGGUCCCGACCCGCGCCGCGGCCCACGGCAGGCGGCCCGGCGCGCAAGGCGGCGGUGGCGCCGGGGCCCUGGAAGGUGCCGGGCUCCGACAAGCUGCCGGGCGCCCUGCAGCCCGGCUCCUCGGCCGCGGGCAGAUGAGGGGCCCCCAGCCGCCUCCACGCAGGCCGUUCUUCCCGGGUUCCGUCUCACGGCGUUUUAAUUUAUUUUCACUGUCACACGCAUAGAUCCACUCGAGACGCCGAGGCCUGGGAGCAUCGGUGUGCGACGCGCCAAGGUGUGCUCGCAGACCUAAACUGAUCCUAAAGCCCCCGGUUCCAUGGUGGGAGCUUUGGCAGCUAUGGAAGAACCAAAAUCACGCAAACAUCACAGAGAGACAGUGCAGUGUAGCUUUAGUUUAAAAAGAGAAAGAAAAAAAGUUUCCCCCACUGCAUGAAGGUUUCGGAUGUCAUCCAAACUUUAUAUCAAGAAACUGGACAAGUUCAGAGCAAUCACAAACUGGAAUAUCGCCUUAAAAAAAUCAAACUGCACGGAGCAAGCGGAAACUGAGACAAGAUUAUAUCUUUUAAUUGAUCUAAAGUGUUGUAAAUAAAUCGUUCUUGACAAAUCUAGACAGGGGUUAAAGGGUUUCUUUGAAACAUUAAGAACUGUUCGCCCAUGACGUUUCCAUGGCUCACCCUCGGCAUCCACCAACGGUAUUAGCACCGUUCCCUGCCUCCUGCAGGAUGAGUUAGAAACCUAGUGAAUUCAUUGGUGUGAUGCCGUUUUUACUGCCAUUUCUGUGAUCAAGUCAUUUCUGUACAUUUUCAGUGGUAGGGAAAAAAGGUUUUAAAAAUUGUAUCCUAGGGAACAGUUUGCCGUAAGUCAGAAUUUCGCGGGUUAGCGCGUAGAUCUUAAUUGGUUUUCUUCUAAAAUAUGAGUUUUAUAAUCAAAAGACCGUAAUCUGUUUCAUCGAGAUUGGCAACGCUGCAGUUCCUUCCUGAAACGGCUUUCCUGUCAUACCAGGCGCAGAGAGAUAGGUAGCUGCUUGUUUAGCAAUGUUCUAUUUUACCUAUUUUAUUGUCUUAUUUUAAAACCUCUUCGUUACUUCAUUUGCACUUUGACAAAGUAUUUGUCCUAUAUUUCUCAAAUUAGAAUGAAUCUCUAAUAUUAAAAACAUGAUAACUAAUUUAUUUUCAUUAAAGAACAUGAGUCCUUUGGCAUCCUUUCUGUUUAUCUUUCCUUAUUUGAUGUCCCUUUGGUUCCCAUUUGGUUUGCUUUCGC